AUGGGCCUGUUCGAAAUACAGCAAUCGUUGUUCAGACGCCGUUACGCCUGCAUGAAGCUGAACAAGGAUCCCAACCACGACCUUGUCACCUAUGCAGGACGUGUCAACCGUGAAUGCGCCAAGUUCAAGAUAGCGGAGUGCGACGGGAAUCAAUUCAAGUGUCUAAUCCUUGUAAGCGGCCUACAAUCCAGCUACGACGCCUUCAUUCGCCUGAAAUUACUAGACAAAGUCGAGACCGAUCCAGCUUGUUCCGUCCAGUCUUCCCCGGAGGAAUACAAGCGGCUCACCAAUUUAAAGCAAGCUACGAAAAUGGUAGAGAACGGGACACCUGGAUCUACUAAACGGCACUCACCACUAAAAAGAAACAAAGAAUCUCAGUCAACCCACAUCAGAAGCGGAACCCGCUCAUUGCAACCGCCUCCAGCUCCGUGUGAUUCUUUGGAGAAAUGCAUUUCGUUCGAUUCUGUGCGUAUCGACGACAUAAAUGCUCAGACUGCCACAAAAUCGGAUCCAGUUCAUAGAACAGAUUGCACUUACAACUUCAAUUCGAAGUCUGCUCAAGGAACGUUUUACGUUGGCCGCACACAGCCCAAUCUUCUAAGCCCGGGAUGGAUUUCCAAGCUGGGAAUCUACGUAGCAUCAUGGAUUCGCUCUCAAAUGCCGAUCCUCUACAGUCCGCCACAGUCAAUUAGCAACUUCGGACUGCACAAAUACUCACAAGCCACCCUUCGCCUGAAGGAUGCGAAUCCAGUCUUCCGCCCGAAACGACCCAUGCCGUACGCAGCUAUUCCGGCCUUAGAAGAGGAGUUUGAUCGUGUCGAAGCAAUGGAUGAAUGGUAUGAUUUCAAAUGUCAAUUAUUCUGA